AAAGAGAGAGAGAGAGAGAGGUAGAGAGAGAGAGAGAGAUUUGAGGAAAGAGAGGGAGAAAGAGAGAUUUGAGGAAAGAGAGAGAGAGAGAGAGAGGUAGAGAGAGGCGCAGCGCAGUGUGAUGCAGACCUUCAAACCGGAGCGCUUCGUGGUGUAAUGAAACUGGACAACCCAAUCAGACCAGACCACCUCUCAACCACAUGAGACAGGUUCAAGCCAUCAGCGAGCGCUGCAACCAGCAUGAAGAUUUUUGUGUGUGUGCUGUUACAUUCUAGUUAUGAGUAUGUGAGAACGUGUCUGAGAACAUUCAUGAGUGGGUGUGCAUGUUGAAGGUGAAUUAGUGGGAUAUGAAUAUGGUCACCAUGUCUGAGGAGGACGUGAUAAACUGCACCAUCAGCCAUGAAAUCCAUCAGUACGUCUUCUCCUGUGUGUAUAUCCUUGUACUAUUGGUUGGUGUUCCCUCCAAUUUGUACUCUCUGUACCACGCUGCCGUACAGCUGAAGCAGAAGAAUGAGCUGGGAGUUUAUUUAAUCAACCUCACUGUGUCUGAUCUGUUAUACCUGGCAUCAUUACCACUGUGGUUACAGUACAUCUUUCAGGGUGAUGAUUGGCAGCACAGGGAAUGGUUGUGUCAACUGUGUGGUUUCCUGCUCUAUGAGAACAUCUACAUCAGCAUUGGCUUCCUCUGCUGUAUCAGUCUGGAUCGCUACCUGGCUGUGGUGCAUCCUUUAAGGUUCUCCUUUCUCCGCUCUAUGACUGCAGCGUGGCUCGUCAGCGCUAUCAUCUGGCUGAAGGAGAUCGCAGUAGGUGUGGUCUUCUUCCGCCACAAAGAACUGAGCAAAGACGGCACCAACCAAUCGCUGUGCUUUGAGCACUACCCCAUGCAGCCGUGGGAGUACCCAAUCAACUACUACCGCUUCACUAUUGGCUUUGUGUUCCCACUGGCCAUUCUAUCGAUCAGCUACCUGUGUGUCCUUCGUGCCGUGGGUCGGAGCGAAGGGACACAGCCGGUCCAGAAGAUAAGGAUCAGGCAGUUAGUCAGCAGCACCAUUCUCAUCUUCCUUGUCUGUUUCUCCCCGUACCAUGUCUUCUUGUUAGUACGCACCCUGCUGGAGCGGGACUGCAGCUUUAUUGCAAAAAUAUUUAACUACUACCACCUGUCGUUGCUGCUGACCACCCUGAACUGUGUGGCCGACCCUGCUCUCUACUGCUUUGUCAGCGAAAGUGCCCGCCACGGCCUGUACAGAGCCAUAAUUCGACCCUUUGCCAGGAUACUCUGUUGCUGCCGUCGCCGUGGCAACACGAGUCCUGCCAACCCAGCCACGGAUUCCCACGAGGUCGCGACUGACGAGAACAACGGCCACCCAACAGUGACUCUGCUCACACACACCAGCACACUCAACAACAUCAAAACAGACUCUGCCAACAAAAACACAAUGUUAAUCACACAGACUGAUGAGAAAACAAUCAAACCCUGUACCGUACAAAAUAACAGACACUGACAAAUCUGUGGACAGUGAAAGUCCAGCUGUGUGACAGUCACAGAGGAGCUGAGCGAAAAGACAAAGGGGACUGACGAGCCUGACAAAAGCGUCAUAUAAAAUAAUCCGGAAACCAAUCAGAAACUAUGCAAGCAGAGGUCUCAAGGUGGCGGGAUUAAAUGGACAAGACUAAUCCAGAGUAGGGAUGCAGAACGCAAACUGAGUGAAGAAAGGCACAAGAGACCACCCACAACUAACCUGCCUGGAAGGCUCAAACACCCAGCACCCAGAUGUGUGUACAUUAUCCCCUGGCAUGGGAUUGAAACCAUUUUCUCUUCUCUCUCUUGAGAUGGAUACAGUAACUGCUGAUAUGAGCAAUCAGCAUGAAACUGCCAUCUAUGUUGUAUUUGUAAAUUUCUUGUUUACAUUUCGAUGUGUUGGAAAAAUGUAAUAUUCAUCAGGAGGUCACAGGUACCUGUAAUGAAUACUGCCAGAAAAACUACUCGCUAGUAUUCCUUUAAAACAGUUGUAUUACACUUUGGAAUGAGAUGCCCAAAUGUAAGUAAUGGCUUUAUUAAUAGUUAAUACAUAUUUUACUUAUGCUUUAUAGAUUAGCUUUAAGCUAUUAACAACAGUCAGCUGUAGUGUGGCUUUAAAGUGUUGUAUGUUAGCAUGGACAAAAUCAGGUGGGCCUACCUCAUUUAUUUUAUAUUUGCAAAAGUAAAAACUAUAGCAUUACUUUGUUACACCAGUUCACCAGUGUUUGAUGAAGUAAAACUGACAGGUUUGUAAAAUGUUGCUGCUGCCACCAUUCCAAAACAGAUUUGUUGUAGACCUUAACACAUGACAUGUUUGUUUUUAGUGGUCAAACAAUAUUUUGGCAGGGAAUUCAGCAAUUCAGGUUUGACCCUCUGUUUGAAGCCCUGGCCAAAAGGAAUGAAAUCCAUUUGAGGGAGUGCAUUGUUCUUCUGCUGAUACUGGACCUUUACACUUUGGCAGGACAAUUAUUUAAGACUUUAGUAGUUAGCAAUAUGACUUUUAGGGGGCGACUUAUUAGAAACUCGUACCAGUGUUCCUUUUUCAGCCUUGUCAGCAAACUCUGUCCAUGACAAAUUUACAAUUCCCCCAUCAAUCUAUGCUCAAUAACUCAUCAAUCAGACCCUUUGCUUUGGCUCCAACUUGUGGUAAUGUGUAUCCUGUUUGCUUUAAUUAUACUUGAGAUGUGUUUCCAUCCGUGGCAAAUUGAGUUGAUAGACAUAGUUUACAAAGGCACACACACCUGCACUAUAUAUGAGGUUUAUAUAUGAACAUUAAGUCCAGGAAGCUAAUCUUGAGAUAAAAUUAAAAACAGUGUGUUACCAGCAGCAAGAGUGACCUUAAAGGGAUAGUUCAGUGAUUUUGAAGUGGGGUUGAAUGAGGAUCUUAUUUAUAGUUAAUAUGUUACCUAAUGGUGAUGGUGAUCAGCGCUGUCCUUUUACGGAGUUUGGAGGAGAAGUGUAUGAAUAUGUGCAAAUAUUUCAACUCGAGCGACUGAAGCAACUGACUGGGGGCUACUCGGGCUUUACGCAUCGCCCGACGUCAGUGACGCGAAAUUGUAUGUAAUCUACUCGCGCAAAUAAUUUCAGUCCAGUUGUGAAUGCACCACAAGUAGUACUAACAUUAUAACUGCAGUAUGAACACAUCUUGAUUGCAUACAGUUGUUUUGAUCAAAACAUGAACACAUUGUGCUAUUAGAAGGUUGAAUACUUGUGGUGCAGCUGUGUAGAUUACUGAAAUAUAGAAAAUGUAAUGAACCUACUGGGUCUUGAUGCCCAAUGAGGCGAGGUGGGGGGUUUUCUAAAUUAGGGACCUGGAUAAUAAAGUUGUUCUUGACAAGAAAAUCUAGAACACAACAGCAAUUUACCAACUUCCAAUAUUUUACAGUGUUUAGUUCAGUACAAUGUAUAAUCAAUUGACUGUAAAAUGGUAGAAUUAAUUCAGACAACUUUAACUUUAAUGCACCUAUGAAACAUAUGAUCAUAUGACCAAUAAUUGACAAAUUAGUGAUAAUUGUAAAUGUAACAGCAGCACAAGAAGAGAAGAGUCAGCAAGUCAGCAAACUGUCCCGUGAUGUCUGUGACACACUAACAUUAGCCACCAUGAGCUACUGGUGUGUCUCACUGCUUAUGAAUUUAUUAGGAUGAUUGUGGCUUUCUUUGGUUUAAACGUUAAGUCUUGCUUCAAACUAAAAUUCUGAAUCAUUUAUAACCAGACCAUCCAUUCCGUCUUUGCUAACUUCUAUGCUAACCUGAACCUCGAAGAUAACAUUUGUCACACCUUACAUUUGUUUUAAAAAAGUGUUGCUUUAUAUUCUUCAUAUUCCUAAUUUCGGCUGCAUGGUCGUGUAGUGGUUAGCACCUUCGCCUCACAGCAAGAAGGUUCUGGGUUCGAAUCCCGGUUCAACCAGGGCCUUUCUGUGUGGAGUUUGCAUGUUCUCCCCGUGUAUGCGUGGGUUCUCUCCGGGUUCUC